AUGCUGAACUCAGGCAAUGACUCAAGAGCUACUAACGAACAGACCAAUGCUACUACCUCGCCCCUAUUAUCCCAAUCGGACCAUAGCGGCCAAGGCCCCUCUGUUUCCCAUGAUGCCACCACUUCUGUGAAUGCUUCGUCAACGACAAAUCUAUCUAUGAAUAUGCCAACGCCAUCUUUACCACAAGCCAAUAUUCAGAGGGGGCAAAUCGAACUCCCUUUUGAUGUCUUUGGUUUGGCACGCGGAGGCAUUAUCCUAUGGGGGAUUGUUUUUGGUAAUGUUUUAUGCCUCUCGAUUGCUAUUAGUCUUUUGCUUCUAACCACGGCCGAGUACAUUGCUAUGUCCAGCAGUACAUUGAGGCUCCUUCCUUUUGUCUUAAUACCACUGGCAUGCUGCGAAGUUUACGUGACUUCUACAAUCUCGGCCUGCUACAUAAUUCGCUGCACUAAAGAUGAGCCUCGGCGCUUUUUAUUACUCGCUGGGCUUGUCGCCUUACUUGUGUCCUGGACUGGGUUCUCGUUACACCAGAGAGUAUCCGGCAGAAUAAUUUCUAUUUCUGAUCCCUCCGAUAUGCGAUCGCUGCUGGUGCUAUGCACGGCGAUAUGCACAAUAUGGCAAGUCUGGGGUGCCAUAUGUCUUUUGCGCCAAUCAACUUCGGCCCAGCCGUUCCCAUUCUACAAUCAAUACUUGCAGAGGAAGAGCGCUCGUCUAGCUGUAAUAGUCAUUGGCGGGCUGUUCAGAUGGACCCUCACCUUGGCGCUUUAUUUCUUGAUUCCUCUCGCCAUAUCUCAAGUCAACAAAGAACUGCCAUGCCAAAAUUAA